CUGGACCGCCGCCGCUACCCGCGCACACGGCGAGCUGGCCUUCCCGGCGCCCGGGGGCUUCUCCAGGGGCCGAUGUCGCGGAGCCGCUCGGCCCCGAUGCCGAGGAAGCGUGCGAAGCGGAGGACGUGCUUUCCACCUUGGGCGCGACUCUGGAGGCGUGCAGGGGCCGCGCGCAGAAACAGGUUUGCGAUGAGAUCAGCAAGCGCUUGGCAAUGCUGCAGCAGAUGUGGGUGCAAGGCAACCUCUCUGCCCCCGUGAGGAGGGGAAUGGGGAUUCUGACACAAGAGCUCGAGGCUCAGCGCUGGGAAUCUGCGGAUGAGAUCCAUCGUUCCCUCAUGGUGGACCACGUCGCAGAAGUGAGCCAGUGGAUGGUGGGGAUCAAAAGGCUCAUUGCGGAAGCAAAGGACUUGCAUGCAGGUGACCUGCCCGCAGAAGAUCCUGGGCAGCAGUGAAGCCUCUGUGGAGCGCGAGGGCCAGUGAGAUUGGCCUCCGCCCAGGCUUAUCUGGGCCUCAUCCUGGGGGCGGCUCAAGCUAGUGAGGUUUGUUUUUUCGACCCCACUGCUUCUGCUGUGGAUCAGCUAUCUACUCAGGUUAGCUUUUGCUCUCCUGACUAAAGCUGAAUCAAGAAGAAUCUCUCAGGUAAGCCAGAGAACUCUGAGCAGCUUUUGGAAAUCUGCAACGAUUUGAGAGUAAAGAUGCUAACUUCCCUUAUACUUACACACAUGAAUAGAGCUCGGCUGCUGGAAAGCUGCUUAAUUUUACAGUGAUAAAUGGACCCUGAACUGCUCAGAGCCACUGCAAAGGCCUGCUCAUGAUUCCCAACUCCAUCGAGAGUUCCUGCUCUUUGUCUUCCUUACACCUUCAUGGAACCAUUCCUGUCUGUCUUCUGGGAAGUGCUUUCUGUACCAAGGGUGCUGCCUUCCUUCAAGGCAGGUGCACCUGGAGCCCAGUAUAAUGAGAAGUGGGGCAGAGGUUAAAAAUAACAAAAUAAACGAAUAUUUACUUCAA